GUGACUUGUUAAGAGCACUGAGAAUACUCCUUUUGAAGAUGAUAUGUGCGUUUGUGCAGUGUGUGCUAAUACAAUUUAUGCAGAUGAAGAGAUCGAAGCUAUUACUAAUGCAAAUGCGAUAGAAGAUACGAUUAGAAUUGUAGAUCAUCACUUAAAGAAAAUAGACAGAUUUAGAGAGAAACAUAAUCUGAAUAUAGUGUGGGAAAGAAUCAUCCCUGAGCUUACAAAUUUCAUUAAGAAGAAGACUAGCCUUCAAGCUAGACUUCUCAUUAUUACGAAGAAAGAUAUGCACGGUCACCUAAACAAGCUGCAGUAUGAUGCAAAAGAUCUUUUGAACACCAUUUACAAGUCUAACAUCAUGAAGCAUUACUCGAGACAGUUGCAAUGUAGACAAUUUGCUGAAGAUCUUUAUGGAGAUGUAGUCGACAUAGAUACCAGGAGCGCGAAUGCUAAAACCAGCCUCAGCACACUGAAUGAGAAAGUUAUUGACGUCAACAUCGAAGACCUUAAGAGAGAGUUUGCUGAAAAUCCUUACUUCGCUCAAGAAUACCAAGCUCAGCUAGAUGCACUAGAGGAGGAGAAAGUUAGCUUUGAAGAAUCAUUGGAAGCCCUUACCCAGGACUCACAAGAGAUCGAUUCCAAGAUUGAAACUAGAGAUGAAGAGCUUAGAUGUUUUAAAGAGAAAUUCAUCAACUUUGAAGAAGAGGAAUCUAAUCUUAGUACUAAAGCUGACAAAAUAUCAAACGAAUAUAACAGCCUUGUAGAUUUAGCUUUUGAAGCAAAGGAACCAAUCAGCUUCUCAGAUUAUGCAGAUAUCUGGGAAAAUGUGUCUGGAAACUAUUGCUCCUGGGGCGAAUCAGAUGAACUAGCCUUUAAUAUGAGCUACGAUGAAAAGGUUGAGGUACUUAAAGCUCUGUUGAGCAAGAAACUGCCAAACUUCAGCAAGGUAAUGGUAUACAACUAUUCUCUAUUCCAAGAGCAAGAACUAAUAGAUACGUUCCUUAAGGGAUCUAUCUCAAACCACAUCGAAUACUUUGUGUAUGGAAAUCUGGAACUUCCCGAACAGCCUGGUGAGGCCCACAUCGAAGCUCUUAAGAAAGCAGUAGCCAGGGUUCCACAGAUUUUACAGUUUGAUAGAUUGCAUCUAAACAAGAAGGAAUUCGAGGAUCUCAUGAUAGCAUCUAAGGGAUGCAAUGAAAUAGUCUUUGAUAGAUGUAAGUUCAUUUUAUAUCAUUACUUAUAUUUUCUUUCUCAAAGUUUAUCAAGUUUCUAAUUUCAGACAAAAUGAUCAAUGCCGAUCACAACUGGGGCUAUAAUGGCCAAUAGUGUGUUGCAUUAAAUAAACUUAGAGGCAUACUCAUCUUCUAAAUUUUUGAUAAAAACUAAUUGUUUAUAGGCAAGCUAGCUAUUGAGGGCUCAGAUGAAUGUGACUUUGGAGACCAGCUUGAUGACUUUGCAUUUGAGAUGAUCACAUUUAAUCAAACACCUGGGUUAAAUUACUCGAACUUUGCUGGUAAUGAUUUCAGAGGGCUCAGAAAUAUAUUUGAAGGUUUUGCCAAAGUUAAAGGAUUCAAAGAAAAGCCAAUUAAGCUUACUUUUUCAGAUAGCGAGAUAGAAUCAGAAAAAAAUUGAUGCAAUCCUUGGAGAAACUGGAUUGAC